AUGACUAUCCACUUGAACCCCCGCGGCGACAUCGCUGUAGGGCAAAUCGUUGCGUACCUUCCUGUGCUCGCCGUCGCAGGCUUUCUCGUUGCCAGGCAUGGCAUUUCCCGGAAGUCGGGGUGGAUCUUCCUGGUCAUUGUUUCCCUUGUCCGCAUCGUCGGAGGGGCUACGGAAGUCGCCUCCCAACAGAACCCAUCCGACGUAACAUUGGCCACCGUGUCUUCCACGCUCACUUCCGCUGGCGUGUCGCCUCUCCUGCUCGCAACCAUUGGGUUUCUGACAACAGUGUGCGAGAACACACUCAGCGAGGACGCCCUUAUCGGAACGGGCCUCAGGCUCCUGUCGCUGCUCUAUACGCUCGCCCUGGCCAUCAUCAUCUUUGGAGGCGUCAAGAUGGGCAAUGCAAAAUCGCAAUCUGAACUGAACACCGGAACGACUCUUCGGCACGUUGGUGCUGUCGUCAUGGCAGUACUCUUUGUUGCGAUGUUCCUACUGCACCUGGUUUGCUGGAGCAACAUUAGUAGGAUCACGAAAGCCAGGAGGACGCUGCUGGCGGGCAUCAGCGCCGCGCUCCCCUUCCUCCUGGUACGAAUCGCGUAUACCGUGCUCUCCGCCUUCGCACCAUACCCGCGUUCCUUCUCUGCCACAGGCCAGGUCAUCACCACAACAUCCGAAUCGCCGCUUGCGAAAUUCAACACGUCCACCGGCAGCUGGCAAAUAUAUCUGCUCAUGAGCGUCCUCACCGAGUACGCCACGGUCGUGAUAUACUCGAUCGCAGGGACGCGGAUCCGGAUGGAUGACGAUCGACCGGAUUAUGUCAAGAGCGCGACGGUUGAGUAUGACGACGAACGCUACAGGAUGGGGAGGGAGCAAUGGCCUGGGGCCAGGGGUCAGUGGGGACGAUAG